AUGAGGGCAGCUCUCUGGAUCCUGGGACUUGGGCCCCUUAUUCUCAAUCUCUGGGCAGUCCCGAUUGGUGGACCAGGUGCUCUCAGGCUGGCGUUCAGACCCAGCACAUGCGACGGAGUGGUGCUGGUCCGACACCACGGGACGUGGGGACACGUGUGCAACCAGGAUUGGACGCUGGCUGAGGCCUCUGUGGUGUGCAGGCAGCUGGGCUGCGGCCCUGCCGUGGGUGCCCCCAAGUACGUCCCACUGCCUGGAGAGAUGGCCUCGCCCUGGCUCCACAACGUGUCCUGCCAGGGCAAUGAGCCCUCUCUCUGGGAGUGCAGCCUUGGCGCGUGGAGCCAGAGCCCGUGCCCCCACGCAUGGGUGGCGGUUGCUCUGUGCUCCAACGGCACUUUUCGGGAGCUUCGGCUGGUGCAGGGCCAGAGUCCCUGUGCAGGACUCCCUGAGAUCAGAAACGUGAAUGGGGUGGACCGCCUCUGUGGCCUGCAUGUGGAGGAGGCCAUGGUGUUCUGCCGGGAGCUGGGGUGUGGCCCUGUGCUCCAGGCCCCCCGCCGGGAUGUGGGCGUGGUCAGAAAGUACCUGGCCUGCAAGGGUACCGAGCCCACCAUCCGCAGCUGCAGACUGGACAACAAUCUCCGCGGCGGCUGUGACCCGCAGCUGGACGCACAGGUGAUCUGCUCAGGACACACCGAAGCCCGGCUGGUGGGCGGCGAGCACCCCUGCGCUGGGCGCCUGGAGGUGCGGCGGGGCCUGACCUGGGGCACCGUCUGCGACGUGGACCUGGACCUGGCCAUGGCCCAUGUGGUGUGCCGAGAGCUGCAGUGUGGGAUGGCCGUGUCCACACCUGGGGGCGCCUGCUUCGGCCGAGGAUCCGAGCUGGUGUGGACAGAGGCCUUCCGCUGUGCAGGCAAUGAAUCGCUGCUGUUCCACUGCGCACGGGGGAACGGGAGUCAGUGUGGGCCUGGCCACGAAGCGGGGCUCAGGUGCUCAGGUGAGUUCAGGCUGGUCAACGGCACCAGCAGCUGUGAGGGCCGCGUGGAGCUCCAGGUGCAGGGGUCCUGGGCGCCCCUCUGUGCCACCCACUGGGACAUAGCAGACGCCACCGUCCUCUGCCACCAGCUCAACUGUGGCAACGCGGUGGCCGCACCUCGAGGAGGCCAUUUUGGGGGCGGGGACGCAGCCAUCUGGCCUGACGCGUUUCACUGUGAGGGGACAGAGCCCUACUUGUGGAAUUGCCCAGUAAGCACCCUGGGGGCCCCGGCCUGUGCCCCGGGAAACUCGGCCUCCGCAGUGUGCUCAGGUUUCCCCCAUGCGCUGCGGCUGCGGGAAGGACAGAGCCGCUGUGACGGCCGCGUGGAGGUCUCCCUGGACGGCGUGUGGGGCCGCGUCCUGGACGACGCCUGGGACCUGCGCGGCGCGGGCGUGGUGUGCCGGCAGCUGGGGUGCGGAGGGGCCCAGCGAGCCUACGACGCGCCCGCCCCCAGCCGCGGGUCCAUCCAGGUGGCGCUGAGCCGCGCGCGCUGUCUGGGCACCGAGACCCGCCUGACCCGGUGCAACGUGUCCGCGACGCUGCGGGAGCCCGCGGGGACCUCGAGGGACGCCGGCGUGGUGUGCUCGGGGAGCCUCGGGGUGCGGCUGGCCGCGGGGCCGGGGCGCUGUGCGGGGCGCGUGGAGGUGCUGCGCGGGGGCGCGUGGGGCACCGUGUGUGACGACGCCUGGGACCUGUGGGACGCGCACGUGGUCUGCAGGCAGCUGGGCUGCGGCCGCGCCCUGAGCGCCCCGGGGGCUGCGCACUUCGGAGCCGGGGCCGGGCGCAUCUGGCUGGACGAGCUGCGCUGCCAGGGCCACGAGUCUGCGCUGUGGCAGUGCCCGUCGGCGGGCUGGGGCCGGCACGACUGCAGGCACAAGGAGGACGCCGGCGUCUUCUGCUCAGAAUCAGUGGCUCUGAGGCUUCGAGGUGGGACCUGCUGCUGUGCUGGGUGGCUGGACGUACUCUACAAUGGGACCUGGGGUGCCGUGUGCAGCAACGCGCUGAAGGACCUCUCCUUGUCCAUCAUCUGCAAGCAGCUGGGGUGUGGGGAGUGGGGCUGGCUGGAGAAUAAGCCCUUCCCCUCCGCUGGUGCCAGCAUGGGCACUGCCUGGGUGGACAAUAUCGAGUGCCGCAGGCUACCCAACUCCACUCUGUGGCACUGCCCUUCCCGCCCGUGGCACCCACGUUCCUGUGACCUUCGAGAGCAGGCCUGGAUUACCUGUGCAGAGGAUGGGCCACAGGCUGCUGGGGAGGCCCUCAGCUGCUCCUCCUCGCUCAGCUGCCCAGAGGAGGGCUCAGUGCGUUUGCGCGGGGGCCAGGCCCGCUGCUCCGGGCGCGUGGAGCUCUGGCACGCGGGCUCCUGGGGCACCGUGUGCGACGACGCCUGGGACCUGGCGGACGCGGAGGUGGUGUGCCGCCAGCUGGGCUGUGGUCCCGCCGUCGCCGCCCUGGCGGCCGCCGCCUUUGGCCCUGGCUCCGGGCCGGUGUGGCUGGACGAGGUGGGGUGCCGGGGCAGCGAGGGGUCCCUGCGGGGCUGCUCUGCGGAGCGGUGGGGACGCGGAGACUGCGCGCACAAGGAGGAUGCGGGCGUGCGCUGCUUGGGUGAGCGGGGGUGGGGACCGCUGGGCAGAGGGCGCUGGGCAGUCCUGUGGUGGUCUGUCCCCUUUCCCCUCAAGCGGAUCCCCAGCACCCAGCCCUGAGGCUGCCCCAGGCAUGGUCCCUCACGGCUGCUCCUGGCUAGGCUGCUUGGGACCAGACCUGUCAGCUCAGGCUGAGUGGGCUGGGGGGUCUGCGGGGGUCUGCGCAGCUCAGGGCUGUAGCUGCCUCCCCAUCCGGGCCCUCACGUGCCACCGUUUACUGCAGGUGACUCGGGGACCACAGU